AUGCGGACGCGCUCUCUCUUCCUUCUCUCCAUCCUCGGGGAUGCGGCUCACGCCGUGAAGCCACUGGCGAUGAACUGGUCGUCACAGGCAUACGGUCCUGAUGGUCCAUGGCAAGCCGUGCGCAUAGACGUCGGGAGCAACAAUCAACCCAUCGAUCUCUAUCCCGGUGCCAAUUACGCUACCACCAUCUUGGCCGACUCGAUCUGCGCCAAUACAACCCUUUCGACAACAUGCUACGCGGCUCGGGCGGGCACCUACAACGAAAGUGAAUCGAAAACGGCGCUUGUUACGAACCGUAGCUCGUGGGAAACUACCUACUGGAGCGUCGAAGGCGGAAGUAUCCAAGGCAGAGUAGGAGAUCAGGUCAACAUUGGCCCCGUCGUGCCAAAUAUCAGCUUUACGACUAUCUACGAAACAUACCAGACCUACCCCAAUGGCAAGCAAUACCCCGUGCCGGUGGGGACCCUCGCACUGGGCGCUCCGUAUCUGAAAGAUACAGGAUCCGGCUUGACCCUCAACAUGAUCGCCGGGUGGCUCUACGCUUCGGGGGUCGACAACGCCAUCCCGUCGUACUCGUAUGCAAUGCAUAUCGGGUCUGUGGAUCCCGCCAUUCCAGGCUCGCUCGUGCUGGGUGGCUAUGACAAAAGCCGCGCUCUGGGCGAGGUGAGUGCGCAACCCGUGGACUCGAACGUCUACGCCAGUGGCGCAUGGCAGAUUGAACUGAAGGAUAUCGGACUGGGCGUGGCCACCGGCGGGUCGCCGUUUGCGUUUACGAGCAAGAACGGACUGUUCUUGCAAGACAGUGGUGCUGUCGUGCCUAAAACCGCCACCAUCGACCCCACAAAACCCUACAUGUAUCUCCCCAAGGCCACCUGCGAUGCGAUCACGUCUGUCUUCUCCAUCUCCUUCGACUCGGAGCUGGGCCUGUACAUCUGGGACACGACGGCCAGCAACUACGCCAACAUCACCACCUCCGCAACGUACCUUGCCUUCACGUUCAACAAGAACGCCCUGACCGACCAGACCAUCACCAUCAAGGUUCCGCUGCGGCUGCUCACCCUGACGCUGCAAGACCCUCUGGUCGACCAAAACGCCACUUACUUCCCCUGCUUCCACUCCACCGACAGCCCUGUCAUCGGUCGAGCCUUUCUCCAGGCCGCAUUCGUCGGCGUCAACUGGUUCGAAGGAAAUGGUACCGGGACGUGGUUCCUGGGCCAGGCGCCUGGUCCGGACCUGGCCGACGCGGAUAUCACCGCCGUCAACGUCCAGGACCGGAGUCUUGCUGCAUCAAACCAGUCCUGGGAGCAGAGCUGGGCGAAGCACUGGACUGUUCUGCCGGCAUCUUCGGCCAACUCUACCAGUGCAGAUGGUGGCGGCCUUUCGACCGGAGCAAAGGUGGGGAUCGGUGUGGGCGUGGGCGUAGGUGGCGCGAUUCUCAUCGUCGCAGCGGUGUGGAUUGUGUUGCGGCGCCGUCGCAGACGUCCCGAUGCUGAGAACGAGACCCCCGUUGAGGAAAGAAGACCGGUUCAUAGGGGACUGGCCGAGUUACCACCCAGGCCCGAGGAUGAAGCAGCUAAAGAAUUGAGUACGACAAAGGAUGACCCAAAGGAGUUGACGACGAAAGACAAGGUGCAUCCGCAAGAGAUAAUGUCCUCGCAAGAGCCGCCGCGACAUGAGCUAGAGUGA